GUGAAUUUAAAUACAUACAACACGAGAGAUGGCGGACGAUUUUGCGUUAACGGGCGGCGCAGACGGCCUUGAUCUCGCAAGAGUCAAGCGGAUCAUGCAGCUGGAGGCGAGAUGCAUGACCGUGAACCCGGAGAGUACAUUCUUGGUCACCAGAGCGGCGGAGCUCUUCCUUGACGCUCUAACGGCGCGCAGCAGUAUGUCAUUAGCUGGGGGCCAGGAGCUCCAGUAUGAACACGUUGCGCAAGCGGUCCAGGGCUGGCCCUCGGCAAACUUCCUUGCAGACAUCGUCCCCAACAAGCAUCUGGCGGGCCACCUGCGCGCCAACCCACACCUGCUGGAAGCCGGCCUGCAGCCGCAGGAGCCCCCGCGGCCCCAGCAGGCGUCCGCACCACCUGCAGCACACGCGCAGCAGCAGCAGCAGCCCCAGCCCCAGCUGCUCAAACAGCAGCAGCAGCAACAACAACAAGAGCACCUUCAGCAGCAACAACAUCAACAACAAUUACAGCAGCAGCAGCAACAACAACAACUGUUACAACAACAGCAGUUGCAGCAUCAACAGCAGCUGCUACAGCAGCAGCAACUGCUUCAGGUGCAGCAAUACCAACAGCUGCUUGCGCAGCAGCAGCAGCGGCAGCUACAGCUACAACAGCAGCAGCAGCAGGCGGCGGCGGUCGCACAAGAUCCACAGCAGCAGCAAGCGGCCUUGCAGCUUCAGCAGCAGCAGCACUUGCAGUACCAGCAGCACCUGCAGCUGCUGCUCCUGCAGCAGCAGCAACAGCAGCAGCAGAUGCUUAUGGCCAGCCAGCAGGCCCUCAUGGGCGGGGCAGCGGGCUUCCAGCAGAUGAAGGCAGCUGAGAACGGAACGGGGUUGUGAGCGCCGUGGGGCGCAAGGUACCGUUAGCCGGUGCCGUGCGAGGUGGAGGUGUUGCUAGGGGUUUGGCGGCAUCGCCAUGGCCUCACAGCUGCUGUAUGUGAUGACAGCACUGCAUGGGAAACUGAGAGUGUAGCGCGCGCAGCGGUAUGUGGGCGGAUAGUCGUUAGAGGGGUAAGAAGACCGAUCUAGUCAAGUGGUCAUUGACGUAAGCUGGUGGCGGCUGUGGAGGGUUGCAUGAGCGCUCGCAUGGGUUGUGAAGGUAGGGUGCGUGUGCUGGCAGCAGAUUGGUGCUUGGUACAGAGGGCAGACGGCGCAUGGAGGCUACGGGUGGCUGGUGAUGAAGCCAGGUUGUGAUGUAGGAAUGGUCAUCAACAGCAGCCACAGCGGCGCAUUCGUCGCUUGUACUCUGAAGGGGGAGUUUACGGGUAUCUUGCAUGCGUUAUGGUAGCAUUGUGCGUUAUAGUUUUGGUUGGACCGUUUGUAUACGACAUUGCGUAUCCAUUUAGUCGAUUUACCGGAACGGAUGAGCAAGGUAUUAUGGCCCGGGCCAUGGGUACCACAGUCCUCGUGGCUCAGCUUGUGGGCUGGUGGGGAUGAUGAGCAUUAGAAUGGGGGGUGCACCGGCCGCAUGAGCCCUUACUGUUGGCCCCCCCCAGGAUGGGGGGGCACCAUCCUUAGGGGGAGAUAGAAGAGACAAGGGUGUGACGCUUGCUAGUACUUGUUAUUGUCUGUCCUCUGGUAUGUUUUGCGAGCAUACUUCAUUUUUAUGCAUGGGGCUUUUACCACUGUGGAAAUGGAGGCGUCACGGUGACUGUGCCCACCGCGGAACAAUUCCCGAACAGCACGGAUAAUGGAUACGACGUCUCAACGAGCCUUGUGGAGUUCAACACCGGGGUAGCAUCCUCGCGUUUACAUGCAAUGGGGCUUGGAAGGAAUGCGUUGGAAAGUUGGAACACGUCAGGACACGUCACACAUAUGGUGCCGGCGCCCUCCCGAGUGUAAGGACAACAACUCGGA